AUGGGAUGGAGAGGAAGGGGACAGAGGUAUGGGAAGGAGAGGAAGGGGACAGAGGUAUGGGAUGGAGAGGAAGGGGACAGAGGUAUGGGAAGGAGAGGAAGGGGACAGAGGUAUGGGAUGGAGAGGAAGGGGACAGAGGUAUGGGAUGGAGAGGAAGGGGACAGAGGUAUGGGAUGGAGAGGAAGGGGACAGAGGUAUGGGAUGGAAGUGAUGCUGCUGUUGAAGCUCUGUUCUGUUUGUCUCUCUCACUCUCCUCUCACUCUCUCUCACUCACUCAGAGCGUCCGUUGCAUCACCUGGAGCGUGUGUUACCCAUCCUACACUCUCUGGGUACCGACUCCCACCUGCUGGUCAAAAAGAACCUGGCCAUGGAGGCCAUACUGGUCUACCUGGCCAGUAAAGUGGAUGUGUCCAAGCACGGGAUGGUGAAGUUCCGGGAGGAGAGGAGCAUUCUGGGAUUGGGACUGAACACCGGCAGCUUCCACGACCGCUACUUCAUCCUAAACACUGUCUCCCUCAGGAUGUACAAGGAAGUGCGGAGUAAUCGUCCAGAGAGGGAAUGGCAGGUGAAGAACCUGAGGGUCUAUCUAGGCAUCAAGAAGAAACUACGACCACCCACCUGUUGGGGUCUGACCGUGAUCUAUAAAAGUGAAAAACAGGAGAAACCAGAGAAGCAGCAAUGGUAUCUGUGUUGUGACACUCAGACAGAGAUGAGGGAGUGGUUCUCCACCUUCCUCAAUGUCCAGUAUGAUGGUAACGUGUGGCCAGUGGAUGCAGCACAAACACGUGUGACCCGUGCGUUGCCGGUGGAUACGCGUCAUGGUAACGUGGCAUUGAUUCCGUUGCGCGGCAGCGAGAAUGAGAUGAGGAACAGCGUUGCAGCUUUCACCGCCGACCCGCUUGGCCUCUUUAGAGAUGUCUGAUAAUGGGGCCAGACAAGGGGAGAGACCACUAGCUAUAGAACCCACAAACUCUUCAGAACAUUCCAGUAAUGCCCCUCCCCCCCCACACACACACACACCUGUGCCUAUAAACUGGACCUCUAAGCAGGGGAAGCAGGUGUGUCAUGAGGAGAGAGAGACUGUUACCAGAGUGCCUUUUACAACUGCAGUGCACCCUGGGAUACAUGGAGGGCCUGGAAGACGUUCCUGGUAUAGACUGAGGGGGAGGGACAGACCUACAGACGGUUACUGGAGCAGCCUGACAGUACAGACUUUGUCUCUCUGAGAGGCCUGGAGAACCUGUGACAGGUGGGAGAUAAUGGAAUGAUCUUCACUGGCAAUCCAGCCUUCAGUGUCCCCAUAUAUCCCAUAAUAACUCUAUCCCUUCCUCUAAACAUGUCGAUCUCCCUGUUUUUAACUCUCCCCUCAUCUACACCUCUCUGAGACUCCCCCAUCUAUAAAGUGUUCACCCCACUCCCCAGUGUUCUCCUUCCCUGUUUUCUAGACUUGUGUAAUUAUUUAUUUCUCCAGCAGAGGGAGCAGCAUAUGAACAUAAGGGGGACAACCAUGACCAUUAUUCAACAUUUAAGUUGGUUCCACUAGUCAAGAGGGAGCCAUAGAGACGUGUCCAAGUUGAUUUAUGUAGUGACGUCAUUACUCCCAACUCUAGGCCAAACCUGUACACACACACACACACACACACACACACACACACACACACACACACACACACACACACACAGACCCUCAUAACUGUUUUUGGACAAGAAAAGAAGUGCUCACUAUGUUUACCAUUUGUCUAAGACUGUGGUGUCCUUCCUGUCUGCUACUCUGUACACUUUAAUAAAUGUUUCAGUCAGAACUACAUUCCUAAUUCAGUGAUGACAUGUGGAGGGGUCCGUAAGGAGAGCAUUAUUAAACACCUGACCAUG